AUGUAUCCUGUUGUUUCUUUCUUUCUGGCAGGCACACCUGAUUCUAGAAGACUAUACGCAUGUUGCGAGAUACUAGAAGCUGUCAUGUAUGCUUGCAAAGAGGGGCUGGAGAUUGCUAUACAGAAAAGUACGUUGCCCAUUCAAGUUGAGGUGAAUUCUGCCACUGCGGCAAUGUUGUUAAAAAGUGAAGUGGAUGAUAGAUCAAGGUUCGCGUUCCUCGUGCGCCGCGAUGUUAAGAAGUUACUUAGAAGCAAUAAUUCUUGUAUUACUCAUGUAUCUAAUACUCAGAAUUUAGCUAGUAUCUCUUUGGCAAUUUUUGCUAGAGACGGCAGUAGAACAAUGACCUGGGUUGGGUCUGGACCACCGGAGGUCCUUCAGGCUGCUGCAAUUGAUUGUAAGGAUACUACUAUUGAGUAA